CUGGCUCAUUUCACCACACACAUACCCAUUUGCGUUCUCUUGCAUUCCCUCCUUGUGUCCUACUCGGACUUCAUCCCUUUCCCGUCCCAUUGCGGUGCGUUCGUUCAGUUUGCCGAAGAUCUGCUGCUCUUCAUCCUCUGUUUCCCUUUCCCCAGCUCGAUCACUAACAUUUAAGAAAUUCAGAGAUGGGAGAGCGUGUGCUUACUAGAGUUCACAGCCUCCGUGAACGUUUGGACCAGACUCUCUUAGCCCAACGCAAUGACGUCUUGGCUUUCCUUUCAAGGGUGGAAGCAAAGGGCAAGGGAAUAUUGCAGCACCAUCAGCUUAUUGCUGAGUUUGAGGCAAUCCCCGAAGAGCACAGGAACAAGCUCAGUCAGGGUGCUUUUGGGGAAGUCUUGAGAUCCACUCAGGAAGCAAUUGUGCUGCCUCCAUGGAUUGCCCUGGCUGUUCGUCCAAGGCCUGGUGUAUGGGAGUACGUCAGAGUGAAUAUUCACGCCCUCGUCCUCGAAGAGCUGAGGGUCUCCGAGUUUCUUCACUUCAAAGAAGAGCUCGUCGAUGGAAGCGUGAAUGGUAACUUUGUGCUCGAGUUGGACUUUGAGCCCUUCACCGCCUCUUUCCCACGUCCGACUCUCUCUAAGUCGAUUGGGAAUGGAGUUGAGUUCCUUAACCGCCACCUCUCUGCAAAACUCUUCCAUGACAAGGAGAGCCUUCUCCCUUUACUAGAGUUUCUCCAAGUUCACUGCUACAAAGGAAAGAACAUGAUGGUGAAUGAGAGGAUCCAGAACGUGUUCUCCCUCCAACGCGUCCUACGGAAGGCUGAGGAGUACCUGUCCACCCUCAAGCCCAGUACGCCCUACUCUGAGUUUGAGCACAAGUUCCAGGAGAUCGGGUUUGAGCGCGGCUGGGGCAACACUGCCGAGCGUGUUUUGGAAAUGAUCCGACUCUUGCUCGACCUUCUUGAGGCUCCUGACCCGUGCACUCUCGAGAAGUUCCUUGGAAGGAUCCCGAUGGUCUUUAAUGUCGUGAUCAUGUCUCCUCAUGGGUACUUUGCUCAGGACAAUGUGUUGGGGUACCCCGACACUGGCGGGCAGGUUGUUUACGUCUUGGAUCAAGUCCGUGCUUUGGAGAGUGAGAUGCUUCAUCGUAUCAAGCAACAAGGGCUUGAUAUUACUCCUCGCAUCCUCAUCAUUACUCGUCUUCUUCCUGAUGCUGUUGGAACCACAUGCAACCAACGGCUUGAGAAAGUGUUUGGAACAGAGCAUUCACAUAUCCUUCGGGUUCCCUUCAGAAAUGAAAAAGGAAUUGUACGAAAAUGGAUUUCACGAUUCGAAGUCUGGCCUUAUUUGGAAACCUUCACUGAGGAUGUUUCCAAAGAGAUUGGUAAAGAAUUGCAAGGCAAACCUGAUCUGAUCAUUGGAAACUAUAGUGAUGGAAACAUCGUUGCUUCCUUGUUAGCCCAUAAGCUCAGUGUCACACAGUGCACAAUAGCCCAUGCACUCGAGAAGACGAAGUACCCUGAGUCAGAUAUCUACUGGAAAAAGUUUGAGGAGAAGUAUCACUUCUCUUGUCAGUUCACAGCUGAUCUUAUUGCCAUGAACCACACCGACUUUAUUAUCACCAGCACCUUCCAGGAGAUCGCUGGAAGCAAGGAUACUGUUGGACAAUAUGAGAGCCACACGGCUUUCACCCUUCCUGGACUAUAUCGAGUUGUUCACGGGAUUGAUGUCUUUGAUCCCAAGUUCAACAUUGUGUCCCCUGGAGCCGAUAUGAGCAUCUACUUCCCCUACACUGAGGAGAAGAAGAGGCUGAAGUCCUUCCACCCCGAGAUCGAAGAGCUUCUCUUCAGCCAAGUAGAGAACACGGAGCACUUAUGCAUGCUGAAGGAUCGGAACAAGCCCAUCCUGUUCACAAUGGCAAGGCUGGACCGAGUGAAGAAUCUCACUGGGCUUGUGGAAUGGUAUGGUAAGAACACUAAACUGAGAGAGCUCGUGAACCUAGUCGUGGUUGGAGGAGACAGAAGGAAGGAGUCCAAGGACUUGGAGGAGCAGGCAGAGAUGAAGAAGAUGUACGGCCUCAUUGAGACCUACAAACUAAAUGGCCAAUUGCGGUGGAUUUCAUCCCAAAUGAAUCGGGUGAGGAACGGAGAGCUCUACAGGUUCAUUUGCGACACCAAGGGAGCUUUCGUCCAGCCUGCCCUCUAUGAGGCUUUUGGGCUGACAGUGGUAGAGGCCAUGACUUGCGGGCUGCCUACAUUUGCGACAUGUAAUGGUGGCCCAGCUGAGAUCAUCGUGCAUGGAAAGUCAGGGUUCCAUAUUGAUCCGUACCACGGGGAUAAGGCUGCAGAGAUUCUCGUGGAGUUCUUUGAGAAGUGCAAGACGGACCCGAGCCACUGGGAUAAGAUCUCCAGCGGCGCGAUGCAGAGGAUUCGGGAGAAGUAUACAUGGCAAAUUUACUCGGAAAGGCUGCUGAACCUGACUGCUGUUUACGGGUUCUGGAAGCAUGUGUCGAACCUUGAUCGGCUUGAGAGCCGCCGGUACCUUGAGAUGUUCUACGCCCUCAAGUAUCGUAAGCUGGCCGGAUCUGUUCCUCUGGCAGUUGAGGAAUAAGCUAAAGAUGAAGAUGGAAAAAGGCUGAAGAGGAAGUGGAAGAGGGUCAAUCUAUUUGAGUUUUGAGGAUUAAAAAGUGAAUUUCUCAUAUUUGCAAAUUUUUUUUUUGUCUUUUAAAAAACUUUUUUUUUUUUAAACUCAGUUUAUUAAUUGUCAUUGAUUGGGCCGAGCCCUUCUCUUCUGUAGAAGUUCUACUUGCGCCUGCUUAAAAUUUUGAACAAUUGCUUUACCCAAAAGAAAAGGAAGAAAAAUCCAACAAUUGAGAUGGCAAUCGCCUGCAGUUGAACUUGAC